AUAAAAUGGAGACUAUGCAACGAUAUGUUUCACCCGUGAAUCCUGCUGUAUUUCCGCAUUUGGCCACGGUGUUGUUGACAAUAGGCACCUUCUUCACAGCCUGGUUCUUCGUGUUUGUAGUGUCACGCCCAAGGAGCUCAAAAGAAAGUACACUGUUCAAGGAACUUUCCAUAAGCCUGUGCGCUUCGAUUUUUCUCGGAUUCGGGGUAGUUUUCCUCAUGUUAUCAGUUGGAAUAUACAUAUAAGUUUGCAAUGUAAGAUUUAUCGCCGUGGCCGCGCAGCAAAGAUAUCCCGAUUGAAACAUAUUCUGUAGAAUUAUUUUCAAGCAAACGUAGUUUUACUAUGUAUUUUAUUAUUUUACA